AUGGAAAAUGAAGCCUCCUCCAGAAGGGGCCGCCUCAUGGGCAAGCUCUUUGGUAGCAAAGAUCGCAAGGUCUCCGAAUCCGCCAACGCUACCAGCCUAGACGCAUUUCUACACAGCUCCGACAACUUGCAGGUGACGCAUCCUCCCCCGCCGCCCCCGCCAACCACUCUACCAAAACUCGACACCACGAUAUCGCGAUACCCCCAGGCUGCUGCCGUCAAUCAGCAAGCCCAGUUCAACCGUCCAGUUGCCGCCGGUUACCUCGAUCUCUCUGCCACCAAUGCCACUCGAGCCCCUCGCCCAAACAAAAAGGGCCUUCUGAUACGCUUUUCAGAGGCUCGCCCAGAAGUCAUAGGUCAAGGCGGCGAUGAAUGCGAUAUCCCAACUAUGGAAAUCUCCCGGGCAAAGUUGGCACGCUCCCCUCAGCCCCCUCCCCCUCCUCCUGCUGCUGUGCCUCCCCAACGAGUUCCAGUUCCACCAACUGCCGACAUAUUCCGACCGAAGCGUCUAGCUAGAACCCAGACCGGUUACUCCUCCAUAUACUCUCCAGAAACGGGCCCAGAGAACAAUGGCGAUUCCGAAUACCCUAACAAGUGGCGAGAGUCACCGCCGCUGCCCGGAACACAACCCAAGCUUGACGUCCCUAGCAAACCUGCCGCGGGCGGGCUCCUCGCUACCCCGACCCACGACGAGAACCGCAAGUCCUUUAUCGAAAUGCAAAAAGCACAGAUGCGAAAAGCUGAAGGCCAGGCGUUUGCGAAAGCUGCACGCAACUCAAGUGUUGCUUAUGAUGGUAAUUGGGAAGAUCCAGCCUCGCCCGCUACAGCACCGCCUACGACAAUUGCAGAAUCUCCCCAAAGCUAUGCUCCGAAAAAGUCCCUCGACUACAGCCCGGCGACAUCGCUGACAUCGAUGGCAUCCAGCACCUAUCCACCGUCGUUACCAUCCCCCGUCCAGGCCACGGCGCAACCAGGCUUUCCCCCACCCAAUGAGGACAUAAGGCCCAUGGCGGCAAGAAUGGCGUCCGUAAGACUCAACGACACGAUGGGUGGCGAUGGUGUAGAGGCUCUGGACACUUUCGUGCGUCGAACCACACAUCUUCAUGAGCUGUUCCGCCUUCACGCAGAAACAGUCGUGCCUCUGCAAAGCUGCGAAUUGAAAGACCUUGGUCGCGCCGGGCUCUGGUGGUUCCUGAAAGGUCGCCUAGGUCUUGAGCAGGCCAUUAGAGAGAAGCAGCCCAACGCACAAGCCACGCCAAAAGCCCAGAUGCAAAUUGACCUGGAUAAACAACAAGCCUACGCCAACUUGUCCAAAGCGUACUGGCUGUGCCAGCACGCCAUACCGGAAACUUCGCAAGCUCGCCGCCUUCCUCCCGACUCCGAGAUUUUGGCCGCUACGGAGCAACUUAUGUCCUCGCUCAAAAAGCUGGCCAUGUCUAUGAAGAGAAAUGCCAUUCUCCCUCCUGAAGAACCCUUCCUACCUGCCACCAUCGACAAGGCAGUUUGGCUGGAAUACCCAGCUAUGAGUCAAGACAUGAUUGCGUUGUUAUCUGGCGAUUGGGGUUCGGGAAUUUCGGCUAUUCAUAAGCCAACGGCGAACCUGCAGAUCCUGAAUGCGCUGCCGCUCGGCGAUUCGGCAGACUUUUUCAGCUACGGCCGAGUUGCAGCAGAUUGCUUUCUCAUGGAGCAGGGAAGAGAAGCACAGCGAUUUUACUUCUCUUGUUUCCUGUCAAUCCUACGACCGCAGACUGAGACUGGGCUGGUUUUCAUAAUUGCUAGCCAGAACGGUGUGGUUGAACUGGCUAUACAGGAUAAAAAGGGAGGUCCAGUGUGGGAGGAUCUGCGUUGGCGCAACGACACCUGUACUCUGGAGUUGCGCCUACCCCGUGGAUUCCUGCUUGCCGUACAACUGGCGCAAACAGACUACCGCAUGCUCUGGAACAUGUAUGACUUUGGAGCCCGGGUUCGGUCAACGUUGAAACCUCGACCAGACGAAACGGUGGUUUUUAGAAAUACGCUGCCGUCGUUCCAGUACAUCGACUCUGACCCGCAGUCGCGUGUUUUCCCCAAGGACGCUGUGGUACAAUGCGAAGUGGCUCUCUUUGAGAGAGUGUAUAAAGAAAACGGUCCCGCCGGCCAGAGAAACUGGCACUCGGGGUUCCGCAUCGCAGCGGUGACGGGCCCAAAAACGAGAACGUUGAAUGGAGUGCAGCACAACUACCCGACUCUGUUACCGGUGCAGUUUGGUUUCUUCCGUGACGGCGAAGCGCCGGCCCUUUCUAUCAAGUUUGAGGGAAAUCGACAAAAAGGGCGCAUGGUGCUUACUUUCAGUGACGAGAAGGAACGAGUGCGAUUUCACUCGCUUAUCACAGGAACGGCGCUGGAAGUGGAUGAACGCAUCUUUGCCAAUGUACCACUACGCAGCCUGCAAAUAUCGGAAAAGAUGAGUGACACGACGGGCAUAUUGCCGUUUGGGCGGAUGCCUUGGAAGGCGGCACAGGUCACCAAUGACGAAUUUGGACCAAAUGGGGAGCAGCCGAUGACUGUGCUGUCGGACAAGCUCAAGGUGGUGCUGGAAUAUCAGAAUGGCAUGGUGACUGACCGAAUCAACGUGGCGCCGGGAGAGAUGCGUCUGCGGUUGGAUGUCUCUAACAAGUUGAUAUUGCGCAUGCUGCGUCAGCCACAGCAGGACAUGACGGUGUCCAUCUCGGAGGCGCAGGUUCCCAAGGAGCUGGCGGCGGAGAUGACCCGUGGACUGCAGCUAAUACGGCAGAAGCCGACGAUACGGACGAUGGAGUUUAACAGCCUGAGGGAGCUGCACGAGUUUCAAUACGCGGUGACGGGAUACGAGGUGGUUUUCGAUGCGAUGGCGACGACGUUUGCGAUUGCCCGGCGACGAAUGGUUGUGCCUAUCCAUAAGAAGUGGGAGGCUGGCCUGACGCGGAUCCAGGUAGUGCGACAAGAAGACAAGCAGGUUCAGAUGUUGGCGUUUUUCGAGAACUGGCACCAUGGGCACUGCAUGAACUUUGUGCUGAAGGGUACGGACGUGUACGAGUCGUUUCAGCGGAGCGGCAAGGCGGGGAUCAAGUUUGUGGAUGCCAAAUUUCCGCUUCCCCGGGUACCAGAGGACAAGGACGGGGAUAUUGACGACAUGGCGUUUGUAUGUCUGGAUCUCCCAGACCUGCCGGGAGAGCACGACGAUAUUUCGAUUUUGUUUGAAACGGAACUAGAUCGUGACCGGUUGUGCGAGUUUCUACCAGCAACGGUCAAGGAAGGAGGCCGACUGUCGAUAUCGCGACUUAGGUAG